UCCAUCUGUCUUCCCAGAUUUACCUUCUCCUUCUUUCUAUGGGGUGAGGGUCCAGGGGCCUGCUCAGCACCAUCCUGUGCCCCUGGGAAUUUCUGCUUUCAUGAGGUUCCUUUGCUCCUUUACCAAUCUGAGUAUUGGAGGCGGAGCCACCGGCUGGCUUCGGAGCCCCACCCCCGGCUCCCAUCCAAUCACCGUCCCUUCCUCCGGGGGGCUGGGUGGACGGGCUAUACUCCUAGCAGCUAGCUCCCGCACUAGGCUCUCAGCCAGGGAUGAUGCGCCGCUGCCGCUGCUGCCGCCGCUGCCAGCAACCACCCCGUGUCCUGAGGCCGCUGCUGUUGCUGCCCCUCGUCCUUGUACCUCCCCUGGCAGCAGCUGCAGCAGGCCCAAACCGCUGUGACACCAUAUACCAGGGCUUUGCCGAGUGUCUCAUCCGCCUGGGGGACGGCAUGGGCCGCGGAGGCGAGCUGGAGACCAUCUGCAGGUCUUGGAAUGACUUCCAUGCCUGUGCCUCUCAGGUCCUGUCAGGCUGUCCGGAGGAGGCAGCUGCAGUGUGGGAGUCACUACAGCAAGAAGCUCGCCGGGCCCCCCACCCGAAUAACUUGCACACGCUGUGCGGCGCCCCAGUGCGUGUUCAGGAGCGCGGCACAGGCUCCGAAACCAACCAGGAGACACUGAGGGCAACAGCGCCUGCAUUCCCCAUGGCCCCUGCACCCCUGCUGCUGGUGGCUGCUCUAGCCCUGGCUUACUUCCUGGGGCUUCUGUCCUAGCCUGUCAGGUCAGGUGGCAGUGCCCAGGCCUCCAGCCUUGCUCUGGCAGUGGUUGUCCAGGCUCUGCAGAGCGCAGCAGGGUUUUUCAUUAAAGGUAUUUAUAUUUGUA